UGCUGCAAGAAAGAUGGGUCAUUCUUUUUUCUUUUCUUUUUCUUCUGUCCAAUGUAAAUAAUACAGUUUAAUUCAAUUCUUUUACCGGGUCCAUGUUUUAGACCGUGAGUCUUAAAAGGUCCCAUCCGUCCAGUUUGUUUUGAUCAUGAUUCAAAAGGUCCUCAAAGCUUGAGACCCACUAACCAAAUUUCAUGAUUAUUUGCAGAGUUGAGUUGUAACAAGGCUCAAAUGGACAGCAUGUCAAAUUCUGAUGAAACUUAUGAUCUGGGAUAUCAGCCUUCUCCUUCUUCUAUUGAUCAAAAUGAUCGAUCAACUACAGGAACUCCGGGGUACUCACCGCUGAGUGGUGAUUCUUUCGUGUAUUGCCGGACUUAUUCUGAGGCCUCUGCAUUUUCAGACCCUGUUGAUAAUCACAGUUGUUGUAGUGAAGCUUCACCUUCUCACUGGCCACCCACAAGAUCCGGGGCUCAGAAUCAAGCUGUUCUUACCAGGCUUGGAACGAAGCAGCGACAAAGUAAUGCGGAUGACAAGCUUGACAAUCAGGAUUCAUUGGAUUUAGAACUCGAAACGAUGAAGGAAAGAUUUGCAAAACUUUUACUAGGAGAAGACAUGUCAGGAAGUGGGAAAGGGGUCUGCACAGCGGUUACAAUCUCAAAUGCCAUAACCAAUCUCUAUGCAACUGUCUUUGGGCAAAAUUUGAGGUUGGAGCCUUUGAACCCCGAAAAAAAGGCACUGUGGAAAAGAGAAAUGGACUGUCUUUUAUCUGUCUGCGAUUACAUUGUGGAAUUUUCUCCCAAAUCACAGAAUUUGUGUAAUGGAACAGCUGUUGAGAUAAUGGAGAGCAGACAAAGAUCAGAUAUUUAUGUCAAUCUUCCUGCACUGAGAAAGUUGGAUGCAAUGCUCAUUGAAAUACUAGACAGCUUCCAGGACAGAGAAUUCUGGUAUGCAGAGCAAGGGAGCAUGUCCUCGAAUUCGACUCGUACUGGCUCCUUUCGAAGGGUUGUUCAGAGAAAUGAUGAGAAAUGGUGGGUUCCAGUGCCAUGCGUUCCUCCAACUGGUCUCUCUGAGAAAGCAAGGAAGUGCUUGCGACACAAACGUGACUGUGCUAAUCAAAUUCACAAGGCAGCUAUGGCUAUCAACAGUAGUGUUCUUGCUGAGAUGGAGAUUCCAGACUCAUACAUGGCAUCCCUUCCAAAGAGCGGAAGAGCCAGUAUUGGAGACCCAAUUUACCGCUUCAUGUACACGACAGAAAAAUUCUCCCCUGACUAUCUGCUUGAUUGUCUCAAUAUAGCAUCCGAACAUGAAGCACUUGAGCUCGCAGACCGCGUUGAAGCAUCAAUGUAUACAUGGAGACGUAAAGCAUGCAUGAGCCACUCAAAAUCAUCAUGGGGAAUGGUAAAGGACCUCAUGUCUGAUGUUGAUCGAAGUGACAAGAAUCAUAUAUUGGCUGAAAGAGCAGAGAGCUUGUUAUUUGCCUUGAAGCAGAGGUAUCCUGAACUUGCACAGACAUCCUUGGACACAUGCAAGAUUCAAUACAAUCGGGAUGUGGGCCAAGCAAUCCUGGAGAGCUACUCAAGAGUUUUAGAAGGUCUUGCUUUUAACAUUGUUGCUUGGGUUGAAGAUGUCCUUUUUGUAGACAGAACAAUAAGAAACCAAGAGUAAGCUAAAUGGCAAGCAGGAAAACUAUCAAUGAGGGCUAGCUCAACCCCAAAGUCAUCUCUGGCUGUUCAUUCGUUCAACAAUUUCUGGUAAAUCCAUUUUGCAAGAAGCCAAGAACAUAAUCUGGUUGGGAAACCUGGCAAUUUUUAUUUAUAGUUUCAUGCAUAU